AUGGAGUCCGCUCCGGCAGCCCCCGAUCCAGCAGCCAGUGAGCCGGGCAGCAGCGUCUCCGAGGCGGCCACCGGCGCCAGGGACACCCCGGUGAACCUGGAGCCUGCCCGGAAAAGCGAUGCGCCGGCUCCCGUCCGCAGGCAGAGCUACUCCAGCAGCAGCAGCAGAGGUAUUUCUGUAACAAAGAAGACUCAUACAUCUCAAAUUGAAAUUAUUCCAUGCAAGAUCUGUGGAGACAAAUCAUCAGGAAUCCAUUAUGGUGUCAUUACAUGUGAAGGCUGCAAGGGCUUUUUCAGGAGGAGUCAGCAAAGCAAUGCUACAUACUCCUGUCCUCGGCAGAAGAACUGCUUGAUUGACCGCACUAGUAGAAACCGCUGCCAACACUGUCGAUUACAGAAAUGCCUUGCUGUGGGGAUGUCUCGAGAUGCUGUAAAGUUUGGUCGAAUGUCAAAGAAGCAGAGAGACAGUCUAUAUGCGGAGGUGCAGAAACAUCGAAUGCAGCAGCAGCAGCGAGACCACCAGCAGCAACCAGGAGAGGCAGAACCACUAACACCAACAUACAAUAUCGCCACCAAUGGGUUAACAGAGCUACAUGAUGACCUCAGUAAUUACAUUGAUGGGCAUACCCCUGAAGGUAGCAAAGCAGACUCUGCAGUUAGCAGCUUCUACUUAGACAUACAGCCUUCUCCAGAUCAGUCGGGUCUUGAUAUUAAUGGAAUCAAACCAGAACCAAUAUGUGACUACACACCAGCAUCGGGCUUCUUCCCUUAUUGUUCUUUUACAAAUGGGGAGACCUCUCCAACUGUGUCCAUGGCAGAAUUAGAACAUCUUGCACAGAAUAUUUCCAAGUCACACAUGGAAACUUGCCAGUACUUGAGAGAGGAGUUACAGCAGAUAACAUGGCAGACUUUUCUGCAGGAAGAAAUCGAGAACUAUCAGAACAAGCAAAGGGAGGUAAUGUGGCAGUUAUGCGCAGUCAAAAUUACAGAAGCUAUACAGUAUGUAGUGGAAUUUGCCAAACGCAUUGAUGGUUUUAUGGAACUGUGUCAAAACGAUCAAAUUGUGCUUUUAAAAGCAGGGUCUUUAGAGGUUGUGUUCAUCAGAAUGUGCCGUGCCUUUGACUCCCAGAACAACACAGUCUACUUUGAUGGCAAGUAUGCUAGCCCAGAGGUUUUCAAGUCCUUAGGUUGUGAAGACUUCAUUAGUUUUGUGUUUGAAUUUGGAAAAAGUUUAUGUUCUAUGCACCUGACAGAAGAUGAGAUAGCUUUGUUUUCUGCGUUUGUUUUAAUGUCAGCAGAUCGCUCAUGGCUUCAGGAGAAAGUAAAAAUUGAAAAACUCCAACAGAAGAUCCAGCUAGCACUUCAGCAUGUCCUACAGAAGAACCACCGAGAGGAUGGAAUUCUAACAAAGUUAAUAUGCAAAGUGUCUACUUUAAGAGCACUGUGUGGACGACAUACAGAAAAGCUUAUGGCAUUUAAAGCAAUAUACCCAGACAUUGUACGACUUCAUUUUCCUCCACUUUACAAGGAGUUGUUCACUUCAGAAUUUGAGCCAGCGAUGCAAAUUGAUGGGUAA